AUGGAGUUUCACAUGGUGUCCCGACAAGGAGAUGCCCAGGAACCCAAGGCCUACCCAACACACGCUGGAGCUCUAAUCGCCAUCUCUGUUGCCUUCUUGACCAUUACAAUUUUCUUCACAUCUCUGCGCUUCUUCGUCAGAGGCUACAUGAUCAAGAGUCUAGGAUGGGACGACUGGUUGAUUCUGCUUGCACUCGCCAGUUUCAUCUGUCAAGCUUCCUUCCUUGUCCACCUUGCCUGGAUGGAGCAACACUUGGAUUUGGGCUUUAUCAAACCUCUUGCGAGCGCCUUGGAGUUUGUCGUUUUGGAACUCGCAUUCUAUAUCAUGACUUCACUGUUUCUCAAGCUCUCGCUUGCCGUCGUUGCCAAGUGGCAGAGAUACACCAUCAUCAUUGGCACCUCUAUAUUUUCUCUCUUUACGCUUGCCUUCUUCUUCGUCGCAGUCUUUCAGUGUGGACCUCCCUCUCAGUUUCUGCUCAACAACGCCAAGGGGAAAUGCCUGCCAUGGAGCGUCACCGGACCUCUAAACUAUAUCCAUGGCACCUUGAAUGCCAUCACAGAUUGGAUCUUUGUCUCGUUGCCAAUGCUCGUCAUCCGUAACGCCAAUAUGAAUCGCAAAGGCAAGGCGUCAGUCAUCGGCGUACUCGCAAUCGGCGUCUUGGGCUCUGUGGCGUCUGUCGUCCGUCUCUAUUACAUCAAGGAUAUCCAUCCGGGUGCCUCAAGCGCCACCGAGUUCUUCUCAAAGGCUGCGACAAUUGCCAUUGCCAGUAUCAUUGAGAUUGGCUUGGGUAUUACAGCAGCGUGCAUGGCAACUUUGCGACCUUUGUUCAAGAGUCUGCUGGAGUAUUCGCGUAGUGAUUACACAAAGGACACUGGCAAGGACAAGUCAACCGCUUUUGAACGCGGUACUGCGUCUCAUACUGCCAGCAGCGGCUCUGCACUGCAGUCUUCACGCAACAACAGAGCCUUCACACAAUACGGAUUUGACGCCAAUGACAUGGUUCCCGGCAAGGACGAUGUGCAUGUGGAAUUGUCAAGUCUGCCUUCUGGUCGCGGAUCAUCUUCCGACUCGGAUGAGGUGGUGGUGCAUACGCAGACUGUGGUGUACGAGCAACGCGGAUCUCAAGAUGAACUGCUUGCCAAUGAACAAGACGCCAAACAGAACUACAAAGCUCACAUCUGGAGCGCCAAAGACGCCAAGGCGAGCACGAGUUAG